AUGAAGGGGGCCGGGUCAUCGUCCAGGAGGAGGAGGUUCCUCAACCCCAGGGCCUUCGUCCACGCGUGGAGGAAGCUCGCCGCCGCCCAGGCGGCGGCGGCGGCGGCCGGCGAGUGGUCCCACCUCGACGGUGGCGGCGAGGAGGCCAUCCCGAGGGACGUGCCGAGGGGCCACACGGUGGUGUACGUCGGGGAGGAGCUGCGGCGGCACGUCGUGAGGGUGUCCUCCCUGGACCACCCGCUGUUCCGGGAGCUGCUGGACCGGGCGCGGGACGAGUACGGCUUCGCCGCCGCGGACGCCAGGCUCUGCAUCCCCUGCCACGAGGACGUCUUCCUCGCCGUCCUCUGCCACGUCGACGCCGACCGGGAGUCCAGGAUGGCAUUGUGCACCUAGCCGACCGGCCACCACGGUGUCGGGCGCCGGCAGGUUACGGCGUGGCGGCGUAGCUGAAGCGAACGCCUGAACCUGCUCUGCAUUCCCCGCCUGUUCCUGCGAUUUCUCUGUUCGGACCUGUCCAAGAAAUGUUGCUCCAAGCAUUGUUUGCAUGCUGUCAGUUUGUAUAGGGUGUAGGUGUAGGGCAUGUUAGCAGUUACUAGUUGGGAUGUUCCAGAUUCUGUGUUCGAUUCUACAAGGAUGCACCACAAGUGCUUUAUUUGAACAUUUUUUGGCUGCAACCGGGACAUAGAGUCAAGUGUAGACUGUAGAAGGGGUACAGAGGUCUUUCGCACGGUGGUGAACGUUCGCACAGAUGUUAAGGGUGUAGCCGUGUAGGGCUGUAAUCUUUUUUUUUUUAGAAUAAGAAAAAGUUCCAGCCUUGAUCACUCACAUGAGAGUGACUACAGCCAACAAAGAGCAAG